AUUACAAAACCCACUGGCCUUUAAAAUAUGCCCGUAUGCGUUUUAGGGCUUUUUCUCCCCCAAGAACCCCAAAAUCCUAGUAGCUCGUCUCCUCUACGGACUAGGGUUCGUUAGCCUCUCGUCCAUCGCAGUCGAAGGGCUUGUUCUUGCUUGCCGCCAUGGGGAAGACACGUGGAUCGGGAGCUGGUCGUAAGCUGAAGUCCCACCGUAGAAGGCAGAGGUGGGCUGAUAAGUCGUAUAAAAAGUCUCAUCUUGGCAACGAAUGGAAGAAGCCAUUUGCUGGGUCCUCCCAUGCAAAAGGCAUUGUUCUCGAGAAAAUUGGUAUUGAGGCGAAGCAGCCGAAUUCUGCUAUUAGAAAAUGUGCUCGAGUUCAGCUGAUUAAGAACGGAAAGAAGAUUGCUGCCUUCGUGCCUAAUGACGGAUGCUUGAACUAUAUUGAGGAAAAUGACGAGGUGCUGAUAGCAGGAUUUGGUCGGAAGGGGCAUGCAGUGGGAGAUAUCCCUGGAGUUAGAUUCAAGGUUGUGAAGGUGUCUGGCGUGUCUCUUCUGGCACUUUUCAAAGAGAAGAAGGAGAAGCCAAGGUCCUAAAACUCCGGUGAAGAUGGGAUUCCGUGGGUAUAAUUUCCUUCUAUUGCUCUUUGCAUUUAUCUAUACAUUUUCUUGUGUCUUUCCAUUUGGUACUACUUUAUGAAUCUCUUAAUUGAGCUAGGGUUCAUCUCGGAUCACUAUUGUGGCACAAAGUAGACUCGCAGAAGCUUCAGUUUUCUCUUGCAACUGAUUUCGUAUAAUCUCUGGUUCGGCAAGUGGGUUGGAGUUUCUGUUUUUUUUUCUAACGCGAACCAACUUUAGGUUGUGGCUUUGCACGAGGUCAAAUAUUCUAUACCUAAUUUUACCUA